UGGUUAAAAAUUGUGAAAUUAAAAUAAAUUAAAAUGUAUAAUUGUUAUAAUAUUGUGGUACUUUUGAGCAGUUCAAAUAAUAUUUAGUAUAUUUAUAAAUUGAGCUUGCGGUCACUCUGGCCGCCAGUAACUUUCCAUACGCGCAUCUCUGACGCGCCAAGCUGAUUGCGUGCAUAACUAGAUGAAUGAACGUUUUGUGUUGCUGCCGUUGUUGCUGCAUUUACUUCUCUGUCAACAAACAACAAGUGCAGAAUUGAACAUAACAGAACCCAGAAGUCAUCAAGGAAUAUUAAGGAACAUGAGCUUAACACAAGAUGACGCAGAUUUCGAUGUGAAGAAUGGAAUUAUUGAUAGCGAGACGCCUCCGCAUACGCUGCUAGCGGCCCUAUAUAAGCAGAGCUUUGCGUAUUACACGUUUCGCGUUCGCCUGCCAUCAACAUUGGAAACAAUUGCCAACUCUUUGGCCAAGGACAAGGACGAAUUGCUGACAGUACACGGUGCGGAUGUUACCAGCGAUAUUGAACAAACAGUAAAUGAAAUUCGAGAACUGCGUUUGAAUAUUCUACAAAAUGGAAAUUUGUUGGCUUUUACGGACAAUGGUAGCGACACUGCAGUGUGGAAUGCAUUCUUGGAACAGUUGCCGCAACAGCAACGCACCUACUUCCGAGCUUGUUGGCUCUAUGCCGAGUGCUACAUGUAUCGCAAAGUCUCCUCCAUCUUCCUGACAUCGAAAUAUCUGGCCAGCUAUGAUUACUUCAGCAAGCAGAAACAAACCGCUGCCCAACUUAGUCUGGAUGCCAUGUUAGCUGUAGCGCGAGGCACACGUAGCAGUGAGAGCAAUGCAGCCACUUUCCAGCAGCUGCUGAAGUUGAAUCUUUGGGGCAAUCGUUGUGAUCUGUCGAUAACAUCGGGCAAACAGAUCAAGCCCACGGGAGAUGCUCUCGAUUUGGUCAAAGAGCUAGAUGACAAUCUGCUGGUGGAUAAUACAAAUGCCAUUUGGCAGUCACUGCACAGUGCCAAUGGCGAGGGAAUCGUCGAGAUUAUUUGCGACAACGCCGGCUAUGAACUGUACACGGAUCUCAUAUUAGCCGAGUACAUUAUCGACAAGGGAUUGGCGAAGAAGGUGCGUUUCAACGUCAAGGCCAUUCCUUGGUUCAUCUCGGAUGUGAUGAGCCAUGAUUACCAUUGGACACUCCAGUUUCUUGCCGAUCAAGCUGAUCCACUGCUUAGUGAAUUGGGCAAGAAGCUGAAGCGUCUCACGGAUGAGGGUAAAUUUGAAUUAGCGCCCUUGGAGCAUUUCUGGACCAGUCCCUAUGAGUUCUAUCGCAUGGCGGAGGUUAAUGCGCCGCUCUAUGAGCGUUUGUCACAGGCUCAGCUGGUCAUAUUCAAGGGAGAUCUGAACUAUCGCAAGUUGUUGGGAGACUACAGCUGGAAUGACACCGAAUCCUUUGAUACCUGCUUGCGUGGUUUUAAGCCCUCGAAUCUCUGCACUUUGCGCACUAUUAAAGCGGAUUUGGUGUGCGGACUGCCACAGGGAUUGUCACAGCAAUUGUUUGCUAAGAAUAAGGAAUGGAUGCUCACUGGAGAAUACGGACUCAUUCAAUUUGCCAGCAAAUAGAGAUUCACCAAAACAUUAGACUAAUUAAUAGUUUGCAAUUUUAUGUAUAAAAUUAUUGUUGUGCUAGUUUUCUCUGUUGUUAAAUUUUA